GAGAGACGCACCACUUCCUCAGUCUGCCUCAUAGCAUCAUUCAACGCCGGGUACUGAUUUUCCUGAAAUGCUGACUAUUUCACCCAAUUUAUCUUUGCUUGAGAGAUGCUGGACAUUCACGGGUUAUAAUACAAAUAUAUGAUUGGUGUUUUCUGACGUUAAUUCAUCCUUUUAAUCGCUCUCUCUUAAGUGGCAUGUGUUUCAUCGUUUCAGCCAGAUUAGCCAGGGCCUGUCAUUCAAACAGCAGGCUAUCAGAUCUUCCGUGGGCACAGCUGGAUUGAUGCCCCUUAAGUUACCAUGGAAUUGCAUGAAUCAGUCACACACAAGAACGGGAGGCAGAGGAAGCCCGUUCUUCCUGCAGACAACAUGAGACAUCAGGAGGCUAAGUCCUCAGACAUGGACACUGAAGAGGAAGAGACAUUGCUGUGGACUGAGGAAAACCACUCCAAGGUCCGCAAGGGCAUCAAAGAGGAGCUGGGAAGCGUCUUGCUGCUCCUUUUCCUUUAUGUCCUCCAGGGCAUCCCGUUAGGCUUAGCAGGCAGCAUCCCGCUCAUCAUGCAAAGCAAGAAUGUCAGCUACAAGGAUCAAGCUUAUUUCAGCUUUGUCUUCUGGCCCUUUAGUCUUAAGCUGCUAUGGGCUCCACUGGUUGAUGCUAUUUACUUCCAGCAGUUUGGACGUAGGAAGUCAUGGAUGGUUCCCACACAGUAUCUGCUAGGCAUCUUUAUGCUGUACCUGUCUGUCACGGUGGACUCCUUACUUGAGAGUGAUGAACACAAAGGACCUGAUGUGAUCACUCUCACUGCAGUCUUCUUCAUGCUGGCCUUCUUAGCUGCCACCCAGGACAUAGCAGUGGAUGGCUGGGCACUAACUAUGCUGUCACGGGAGAAUGUGGGUUAUGCAUCCACCUGCAACUCAGUCGGCCAAACUGCGGGCUACUUCCUGGGUAAUGUGCUCUUCCUGGCCCUGGAGUCUGCUGACUUCUGCAACAAGUACCUGAGGUUUGAGCCUCAGGAGAAGGGCAUCGUAACUCUCUCAGACUUCCUGUUUUUCUGGGGGAUUGUGUUUCUUGUGUCAACCACCCUUGUUGCCAUCCUAAAGAAGGAGAAUAACCAAAUGGACCUUAAGAAAAAAAAGAGGGAGGAAACACAGGGUGUCAUGGAAACGUACAAACUGCUGUUCUCCAUUGUGAAGAUGCCCACAGUGUUCACCUUCUGUGGUCUACUAUUGACUGCCAAGAUUGGCUUUUCUGCAGCAGAUGCAGUGACAGGGCUGAAGCUGGUGGAAGCAGGUGUUCCAAAAGCUCAGCUGGCCCUGCUGGCAGUACCAAUGGUGCCCCUGCAAAUUCUGUUGCCCCUCAUCAUCAGCAAGUACACAGCUGGUCCCAAGCCUCUCGACAUCUUCUACAAGGCCUUCCCAUUCAGGCUGCUGAUUGGUUUAGGGUAUGCACUGCUUGUAUGGUGGACCCCGAGUGUGAAACAGGAGGAGGGAUAUCCUGUUUACUAUUACGCUGUGGUGUUGCUAAGCUAUGCUUUUCAUCAGGUGGCACUGUAUAGCAUGUAUGUGGCCACCAUGGCCUUCCACGCCAAGGUCAGUGAUCCUGUAAUUGGUGGCACUUACAUGACCCUACUGAACACUGUGACUAAUCUGGGGGGUAACUGGCCCUCCACCCUGGCCCUCUGGCUGGUGGACCCACUGACCUCAAAGGAGUGCCAGGGAGCAGCCAGCCAGACCUGUGGCUCUCCAGAGGAGGCAGGACUUUGUGUGAAGGAGGGUGGGACAUGUGUGACUGUACUAGACGGAUACUAUGUGGAGUCAGUGGUGUGUGUUGUGAUUGGCCUCACCUGGUGGUUGUUAUUGGGCAAGAGGCUGAGACGGUUACAAGAGGAAAGCCCACAGGCCUGGCACUGUAAAUCAUCCAAAUGAAAAGCCACAGCAACACCCUGCAUUAUCCCAACGCUCUUAAGGGACUCACUCUCUUUACGCUCAGAGACCUCACAAUGCCUUUUCUUUUAUUUUAAUUCACCCAACGCACACAUCUGGCUACUGUUGAAAUGUGGACCUUAAGAAGAAAAGUUCCCGUAAUUAAUCUACAUGUCAUGAUUACUUCCCAAGACAUAACAUGAAGACUUGUUUAAAGAUAUAUGACUGAGAUAUAUGAAGAUAUAUAAAUAGAGAUCUGCUCCACCGGUGACAUUUUCUGAAUUUUGAAAAUGUUAUUAAUGUACUUUGUCACUUCAGUGUAUGUGCCUUUUUCAUUUUGAGGUUCAUGUCAAGAAAUUUCUGUGGGAUUCCCCCACAUGACACUCAUCCGUAGUUAAACAGCAUGGAUUUGUUUAGGUUCAGAGCAGCUAACCUUCAAUUGUCAAUGUUUCCUGAUGCUACUAUCAUACAGAGAAAAAGAACAGAAUAAAUGUGUGCAGUAAACUACAGUUGCUGCACAUUGGAUUCCUCACACACACAUUGUAUUACAUUGCAUCACAUGUAACCAACGGAACAACCUAUAGUUUUGUGCUGGAGUAAUAAUACAAUGUGAUCAUGCAGAGCAUUGUUUAGGUGCAUAUAAAAUCAUCUGCUAAAUGGUGUACUAAUCUCACAAGACUAUUUGAAUACUAUGAAAGUGCUCACAUGCACAAUACACUCAGGCUGUCAAAGAAACAUCAGCUUUAUUUGACAGUAGGAUACCCUUAAGACCAGCAUUUUAAAAAGGAAUCGGUUAGGUUUCACUUUGUCUUCAUGAUUGGCUUUCUUUUCUAUUUGUUUGUUGGCUUUUUAAAAUACUACUGUUCAUAUAUUUAUGCAUUUUCUUUAAUAUUUUCUUUAAAGCGAUAUCCAAAGCUUAUACAUGCCAGUGUAUUUCAAGCUAUUCCAAACUGAAUGAGAAACACUUGACCUGUUGUCAGCUAAAUCAUAUUUAUGUGAUUUACCAAAUAUGUCAAAUCAUGAGUAGUCGCUACAUACUGUAAUUUUAGUAGUCUGAAAUUGUAAGACUUUGUGUUUGUUUUAGAAAUGGUCACUCCUUCCACUGGUAUUUUGAUUUUAUAUCACUUCUCAUCUUUCUAUGGUCAGUGAUGAUUUUAUUUGUAGAAUCUUUGGCGGUUCAUAGGGUCAGUGAGAUUAAUCAGGGCAUGUGCAUUAAAGUUAAUGCAUAUCUGUGAGCAGUUUAUAGUAAGUAACCAGAAGAAUUUCAGUCAUGCCUUACGCACACUAAAGUUGCCCUUCAUUUACUUUAUGUUUCUGUUCUUGACAUUUGUAAUGUUUUUGUUUCAGCCUAUACACCAUGCAUGUCUGGUCAAUAUCCAUGUAAACCACUCUUCCAUGAGCUAUGGAAAAUUAAUCACAAGAGACGACUAUGUUUUGUGGCAUUGUCCAUCAAUGCGGAAGAAUUUUAUACCAGCAUUUUUUAAAUGUAAUGCAAAACAACUGAUGUAUAUAAUACAUGUGCUGCAACACA